UAGAGAUACUGAAUAAUCAGAUGUGGGUUUCAGUGUGUGCUGCUGCCUUUGACCAACAGGAUGCAGAGGUUGUGUGUAGAGAGCUGGACUGUGGGGCUCCUGUACAGGUGCUGGGAGAAGAUGCUUUUGGCAAAGGAGACGCUCAGAUGUGGACACAAGAGAUUCACUGCAGAGGAAAUGAGUCUCAGAUUCACCUCUGUCCAACAUCACCAUCAUAUGAAAACAACUGUUCACAUGAGCACAACAUUGGUUUGCAGUGUACUGACAUAAUAAAUGUGAGGUUGGUUGGUGGUCACAGUCGCUGUGCUGGUACAGUGGAGGUUCAUCAUAGAGGUCAGUGGGGAACAGUGUGUGGUGCUGGUUGGGAUUUGGCUGAUGCUGCAGUAGUGUGUAGAGAGCUGGACUGUGGAGAACCUGUAGAUGCUCUGUAUGGUGUUCAUUUUGGACUGGGAUUUAAACCAAUUUUUAGGAUGAAAAAUGCGAUGUGUACUGGCUCAGAGUCUACACUUAAGAAAUGUGGAUUCAUGCAACCAACUGAACCCGAUGUGUGUCUUGAUAAGAGCGCUCAGGUCAUUUGUUCAGAAGUCAGGCUGGUUGGAGGUUCUCGCUGCUCUGGGAGGUUAGAGAUCCUUGAUGAUCAGUCGUGGGUUUCAGUGUGUGCUGCUGCCUUUGACCAGCAGGAUGCAGAGGUUGUGUGUAGAGAGCUGGACUGUGGGGCUCCUGUACAGGUGCUGGGAGAAGAUGCUUUUGGAAAAGGAGAUGCUCAGAUGUGGACACAAGAGAUUCAGUGCAGAGGAAAUGAGUCUCAGAUUCAUCUCUGCCCAACAUCACCAUCAUAUAAAAAUGCCUGUUCAUAUGAAAAUGAUGUUGGCUUGGUGUGUGCAGACAAUAUGAGAGUGAGGUUGGUUGGUGGUCACAGUCGCUGUGCUGGUAGAGUGGAGGUUCUUCAUAGAGGUCAGUGGGGAACAGUGUGUGAUCUUGGCUGGGAUAUGGCUGAUGCUGCAGUGGUGUGUAGAGAGCUGGACUGUGGAGAACCUGUAGAUGCUGUGGGAGGUGCUCACUUUGGACCAGGAUCAGGAUCAAUCUGGACAAAUCGCAGUUUAUGUACUGGAUCAGAGUCUACAUUGAAGAACUGUGGAUCAGUAAUUUGGGGGUUUUAUGACUGUGAUCAUACAAAAGAUGCAGGAGUCAUCUGCUCAGGUGUCAGGCUUAUUGGAAACUCCAGCUGCUCUGGGAGAAUUGAAGUUCUUGAUGAUCAGACGUGGGUUUCAGUGUGUGCUGCUGCCUUUGACCAGCAGGAUGCAGAGGUUGUGUGUAGAGAGCUGGACUGUGGGGCUCCUGUACAGGUGCUGGGAGAAGCUGCUUUUGGCAAAGGAGACGCUCAGAUGUGGACACAAGAGAUUCAGUGUAGAGGAGAUGAGUCUCAGAUUCACCUCUGUCCAACAUCCUUACACAAAAACAGCUGUUCACAUGAUAAAUACCAGAGGCUGUUCUGUGCUGAUAAAAUGAAUGUGAGGUUGGUUGGUGCUAACAGUCGCUGUGCUGGUACAGUGGAAGUUCUUCAUAGAGGUCAGUGGGGAACGGUGUGUGAUGAUGGCUGGGACAUGACUGAUGCUGCAGUGGUGUGUAGAGAGCUGGACUGUGGAGAACCUAUAGAUGCUCCGGGUGAUGCUCAUUUUGGACAAGGAUCAGGACCAAUCUGGAUGUAUACUGUGUUAUGUACUGGAUCAGAGUCUACACUGAAGAACUGUGGGUCAUCAGGAUGGAGCAUACAUAAGUGUACUCACCAUUGUGAUGCCGGUGUCAUCUGUUCGGGUCAUAAAGCUUCCAGACUCGUUAAUGGAUCUCACCUCUGCUCUGGAAGGUUAGAGAUACUUGAUAAUCAGUCGUGGGUUUCAGUGUGUGCUGCUGCCUUUGACCAGCAGGAUGCAGAGGUUGUGUGUAGAGAGCUGGACUGUGGGGCUCCUGUACAGGUGCUGGGAGAAGAUGCUUUUGGCAAAGGAGACACUCAGAUGUGGACACAAGAGAUUCAGUGUAGAGGAAAUGAAUCACAGAUUUCAUUUUGCUCAAUAUCAUCAUCACACAAACACAACUGCACCAGUAAAAAUAGUGUGGGACUGAUCUGUUCAGGUUACACAGAGGCCAAACUGAUGAAUGGUUCAGACUCUUGUUCUGGAAGAGUGGAGCUUUGGUUCAUCAAUAAGUGGGGCACAGUGUGUGAUGCAUGCUGGGAUAUGAGAGCCGCCAGUGUCCUCUGUAGACAGCUGAACUGUGGGAUUGCUGUGUCUGUUGUGGGAUCAGACUGGUUUGGCAAAGGAAGUGGUGAAAUCUGGGCUGAUGUGUUUGAUUGUGACGGGAAUGAAACAAAACUCUCAGAAUGUUCCAUCUCUUCAUGGAGUCGAGCUGAAUGUUCUCAUAGACGAGAUGUUGGAGUCAUCUGCUCUGAUUCCUCUCUGGCUGUACAUGACGGUCUGGUGCGGUUGUCUGGAGAGAGACAGUGUGAGGGGGAGGUGGAAGUUUCCAUCCAUCAGGUCUGGAGGAGAGUUCUGCUGGACUCCUGGAGUCUCACUGAAUCCUCUGUGGUCUGCAGACAGCUGGGCUGUGGCUCUGUGCUGAACUUCUCCGGCUCCUCUUCAUCCAGUCCUGAUCACAGUCAUGAGUGUGUGACGGGCUUCCAGUGCUCUGGGAGUCGUGGGUCCAUCAGGCUGGUGGGUUCUGGGGGAGACUGUGCAGGGAGGCUGGAGGUUUUUCACAGCGGCUCAUGGGGGACAGUGUGUGAUGACUCCUGGGAUAUUGAAGAUGCCCAUGUGGUGUGCAGACAGCUGCAGUGUGGAGUGGCCCUCAGUAACCAGCAGGUACCAGCCUGGUUUGGUCCUGGUUCUGGACCCAUAUGGCUGGAUGAGGUGGAGUGUGAGGGGAAUGAGACGUCCCUGUGGAGCUGCUCUUCUCCAGGCUGGGGAAAACAUGACUGUCAACACAAGGAGGAUGUAGGAGUCGUGUGUUCAGAGUUUAAAGAUAUCAGGUUAACUGAGAGCUGUGAAGGGAAUGUGGAGGUUUUCUACAAUGGAUCCUGGGGUAAUGUGUGCUGGAACAAGAUGGACAGAGACACAGUGAGUCUGAUCUGUCAAGAGCUGAACUGUGGAAGAUCUGGUGUUUUGUCUGAUUCUACAACAAGACUGGAAUCAGCUCGUAACUGGCUGGAUAAAGUGAAAUGUCGACCACAUGAUUCAUAUCUUUGGCAGUGUCCAUCUUCACCCUGGGGACAGAACGACUGUGGUGAAGAUGAAGUGGCCAAAAUCACCUGUUUGGAACAGGAGAGUCAUGAGUCCCCUAGAAGCUAUUUGUCAUGCUCCACAUCUCCACAUCAGAGACAGUGUUCAGAUUUGUUAGUGUCCACUACUCCUGCCACAACAACAUCAUCUUCUCCUCCAGUUUCUCAGACACAGGUUUGUCUGUCUACACUCACAGCUCUCUUUAAGAGGAGACACAUGAGCACGACUGAAGCCAUUUAUGAAGAGCUUCAUCGCAGACCUACUAACAGACACCGUCUCUUCACUGCGGGAAGUGUCCUUUCUGAAGAACAGCAUUCUGGGUAUGAAGAUGCUGAUGAGCUUCUUUCAGCAAAUUCUGCAGUAGGAGCCGCUCCUGACUACUGUAAUGACGUCACCACCACUGAAGGGCCAAAAGAAGAGAAGCAAGUCACACCUGAGAAUUAUGAUGAUGUAAUCACUGUUGGACUGAGACCUCGUGAUACAGAAAACUAUGAUGAUGUCAUUAUUGUACGACAAUUCUCCAAUGAUAAAGCAGAUGGUGUUAAGGAGGAUUAUGAUGAUGUGAAGAAUGUCAAGGAGUAUGUGAGUGAUGUGUUUGGCUAUGAUGAUGUGGGGGAGGAGCCAGAAAAACCAGGAGGGACUGUGUAACUCAAACCACACCCACUGCCUCAAAUCCUUUUAAAUCUUUUAAGUGAUCUGAAACAUUUCUAUGACAUAGAUUUGGCAAUUUGAGAGAAAAAAAAAAAAAAAAAAACAUUUUUUCCUAACAUUUAAUCAGUUUGUAUAUAAUUAUCUCAUUGCUUCACCAUUUACCUUCCUCUGUCCCAGUCUUUAACAUUUUACAGCAACUUAAAAAUAUCAUACUUAAUAAAUAUCCACUUAUUAUAUAUUUCUUUUGAAUGUGUAGACCCACUGAUAUUGUACACAAUAUUUUGCUAAAGAUCAUUGGAAUGUACUUUGGGAAACAAGUUUACAAACAGCAGCUGUGGUCAAGGAUCUUUACUUCAAAAGAAUGUAAAGACUCUUUGAACUGAGCAGAAGAGCUUGUUGUUCACUUUAUGUCCUGAAGAGGGGUUUUUGUCAGACAAACGCAUAUGUUUGAUUUAUGUAUGUUUUAUAUUUGUGUCCAAUUUUAUUGCUGGUUUAAAUUGAUUUUAAUGUUUUCUGUUUAGCAUUUAAAAUCAGACUGACUAUGUAUGUAUAUUAUGUCAUUAUUAUCAUCAUUAUUGUGAAACUGGAGAAUGUUGCAACACAUUUUGUUUCAACAAAAAUGUUUUGGUUUUUUUUGCACACAAAAUUCAAUAAAAGUCUAUGAAAUAUUGUA